AACAACGCUAGCGCUACGUCGUCAACAGCGCCAAUUGUUGGCGGUAGUUCCGGCACUUCCGGUUUCAACGAGCUCGAUGCGGCAGCGCCAGGCGCUAAUAAUAGUCCCUUAUAGGCGUUACGCAUUAAACGGUAGACACCACCGAGUGUGCCACAGAAAAACACAUCGAUGGUGUUCAACUUUUCCAAUCGCAAAGAGGUGUCCGAUUAUAUUGAGAAUGACGGUGUGAUCUUUCACAGAAAACGUGAUUGGCCAAGCCAAAUGAAUCUGGUUUCGUGCUUACUUGGUGGUCUCUCAUUAGAAACUUCAACAGACUCGGAUUAUGAUGAUUUCUCUAUGUGCCCACCAUCACCCUGCGAUGUUGAAUUCGAAAAUGCUAAUAUUGUGAUCGAUGGAAAGUCAAGCAUCCGACAGAAAUCCAAAGAAGCAACGUUGCGCGUACAAUUCAAUGAUACGCUCACCUCUACCUUUGAAUAUCCCUCUGAGGCAUCGCUAAUCAUUGAUGAUUCCUACAGCAAUGAUGCGCUGAUAGGCGCGAAUACCUCAUCACCCGCCAAUAAUGCCAGCAGCGCAACAAAUACGUCUACGAAAAAUAUACUGGAGAAUUUGCCACUAGGUUCAGCACCACUUGGUUUUUAUAACCCUGUGAAAGCGCCCAUCGAGUGUCUCUUUCAACUGGGCGUAACGCCCGCACCUAACGGUAAUGGUCAUCACGCCUUUAAUAACACCUCAACGCCCACAACGAACGGCGAUACCACCGUCAACAAUAUAGCAACACAGAAUGGACAGAGUAAUGGCGUUUCGAACAGCAAAUGGCGCUGA